AUGUUUGGUGUUAUUAAAUCUAUUCCCAGAGGUGCAAGCCGUUUACAAUUAACAGCAAAGAAAGGACACAACUUUUAUAAAGGUACUGGCUCUGGUGCCAUGGGUAGACAUACCAAGAAUGGAGGCUAUUUGGUUGAUUGGAACAAGGUGAGAACCUUUGUUGUACCCGACCUCGAGGGAUUCACACUUGGACCUUAUGUCUCUCGCAAGACACCUGUGUUAGCCAAAAAGAAUGCCACCAACUAA